CGACGCGUCACAGUUCCGCCCCGUGACGUUUUUCCGCAUCGGGAGGGAUCUGGCCAUUUGAAAGAAACCUAAAGAAAGAUGGCUGGCUUGUGGAGGUCUUAUCAGGUGCUGAUGUCAAAACACCCCUGGAAAGUACAAAUAUUAACGGCUGGAACACUUGUGGGUGUAGGGGAUGUCAUUUCACAGCAAGUUGUGGAAAAGAAAGGACUUAGAAAUCACAAUGUGAAAAGGACAGUAAAGAUGAUGAGUAUUGGCUUUUUCUUUGUGGGCCCAGUUAUUGGAGGAUGGUACAAGGCUCUUGAUUAUCUUGUUCCUGGAGGAAACAAAACUGUUGCAUUUAAAAAGAUGAUCUUGGACCAGGGUGCAAUGGCCCCAUGCUUUCUGGCUUGUUUCUUAACAAUCACUGGAGCCUUGAAUGGAUUAAGUUUGGAAGAAAACUGGAACAAACUCAAGAGGGACUAUAAGGAUGCACUCAUUGCAAAUUAUUAUCUUUGGCCCCCAGUGCAGAUUGCUAAUUUCUACUUUAUACCACUACAUCACAGGCUGGCAGUAGUUCAGAUUGUGGCGAUAGCUUGGAAUUCAUACCUGUCAUGGAAGGCGAAUAAGAUGUGAAAUGUUUAUGGGGAUCAUGUUUCUACCUCAGUAAUCUGUAUAAUUUGCCCCCGGUGGCAUCACUCAUCAGUAUUAAGUCUAUAGUGCUGUUAUGUUAUACUUUGUCAUACUUAGGCUAAUGUUACUUUCCUCUGGAUUUAGUGUUGUUCCCUGAAACUAAACUUUAUUUGGAAAUCUAGUUCAGGAGGCACAGCAUCUCAUAUUGUUAAUAGGCUGUCUGUUUUUUUACAAGUAACACAAAAGCAUGCUUUUCAUAAAGAUGAGUAAUUCAUGCCUAAUACCCCAUUUUUACAUUGUUGCAAAUCUAACAAACUAAGCAUUUUAAAAGCAGCUUCCUGCCAAAUUUAUUUGGCAAAACAUAUAAACCACAUAAAUCAUGAAAAUACAAUAAAUUGUCUUGAAAUUAUGUUUUGUCUACUACAAUAAAAAGUCACAGAAAUGAAAAGUAGAACACCAACUGUGGCAAUUCAGCCAGUCUCAAAAAUGACUAUGCCUCUACAUAUGUCGGCAGAUGUAAUUCUCUCAUUUUCUGUCACUUAACAUUGUAACUGAUAUACAGUAUUUCAUUUGUUCUACCUGUUGUCUUUUAGUUCGUCUUCUUUGAUCGUAAACUAUAGUUUUACCAUACAAGGGGGAUGACAGUGUUUUAUAAAGUUAUUAUACUGCAUUAAAAAGACAGAAUGGUAAUUGUAUACAUCGAUCAAUAUUUCUAACAUUAAAAUUUCAAUAAAUCUGCCUCUUAUCAUAAA